AUGAUUCGCGGCGGAAGAAGCUACGUCACAUCACCUCCUUCCUUCUCUAACGACGCUAAGAAGCUUCUUGUCUGUACCGGGAACACUGUCUCCGUUUUCAGCGUCGCCACUGGCUUACAGAUUACUUCGCUUGAGGGUCAUACAGCUCCAGUGACGACUCUGAUUGUUGUUCCUGCAUCGAGCGCGGCUCAAAAAGUCAUCUGUUAUUGUUGGACUGCGUCUAUCGAUGGUACAAUUAGGCAUUGGGAUUUCUCUGGACCUGAGCUUUUGAAAACCAUUGAUGUUAAACUUCCGAUUUACUCUAUGGUCAUUCCUUCUCUUUUGAGUGAACCUCAGCAAUCUGGUAAGAUGGUUGCUUAUGUGUCUGUUGAGGAUACGGGUGUGGCCAAACAAGGGUCCAAAGAGUUGCGUGGACACGUUCGAAGAUUUAACCUUGCUAAAGAGCGUCUUCGCGGAGACACUUUGAAAGAGAUGGAAGACCCAAAAUCUAUAGUUAUCAGUCCGUCGGGCGGGUUUUUCGGAAUCUGUCACAAGCGUAAAAUUCAUGUAUGGGAUGUUCCUUCUGGAGGUUCAAGGAAUGAUCUUCCCAGGAAGAUGACAUUACAUCACACAAAGGCUAUCAAUGCUUUUGCUUUUCAUCCCACCGAGAGAAUUAUAGCUGCUGGAGAUGUAACUGGAAGAGUGUUGAUUUGGAGAGGAUUCGGUAAUAGAAAACUUGCCUUGGGUAAUCAAAUGAAAAAAUUGAGAGCAAUGGUUGAUGUGGACAACCCUGGGGUGAGAGAUGAAGAUGAUGCUGAAUCUUGCACUACGUGGCAUUGGCACUCUGCUGGAGUAAAUGUCCUUAAUUUCUCUUCCGAUGGAGCGUAUUUGUAUUCAGGGGGAAAGGAAGGGGUGGUUUGUGCCGAUAAUCAAAUCCAUUUCCUAAAAAUGCCUUCCAUGGAGAUCUUAAGGACUAUUUCUGGAAUCAAGCCUCCCCCAUCACUGCCUAAGAUGUAUGAAGGCUUGGCUAGUACUGUUGCAUUUGAUCGAUCUUCUGGCAUGGUUGCUUUGUGCACAGAGAAUUAUUGUGUUCAGCUAUACAAUCUUCUUAAUGACCGGGGAAUGUCAGAGGUUCAAGUUUGUGAAAGAAACCAUCAACCAGGUGAUGAAGUCACAGUUAUGGUGACAGCGGUUGCUAUCUCCCUGGAUGGCUCAGUGAUGAGUACAACUGAGGUGAAACUUCCGGAAGAUGGCAUAGGAGGCUUAGUUUCCCUCAAGUUUUGGGAGUCUGAACCUGACAACAAAACUUUCACUUUAUCCACAGUUGUAUACGAACCUCACAAGGAUGCUAGUGUCUCAGCCAUUGCCUUCCACCCUACCCGUUCCAUGGCAGUUAGUACAUCGUUCGCUGGGGAUUUCAAGAUUUGGGUUUGGGUUUGCAACAGCGACAAGAACCAGACAGUUAAGGACUCUAGCUGGAUAUGUCAUGCAGUUGGCUCUUAUAAGAAGAAGCCAAUGACUGCUGCUGCUUUCUCUGGAGAUGGCACUGUUCUGGCUGUUGCGGCUGAGAAUGUUAUUACGCUUUGGAAUCCGGACAAGAACAUUCUCCUGUCUGUUUUAGGAGCGACUCUUACGCCAAUUACAAAGCUCUGUUUCGCGGGGAAGUCUGAGUUCCUUGUUGUGGCAUCCCAUUUUCCGAAACCGGAGUUAUCAGUUUGGAAUACAUCAAAGUUAUCUUUAUCAUGGUCCUAUGGUUUACGCAUAGAAGCUGUCACUUCUGCAGUGGAUUCAUCGGCUUUUGCUGUCCUGGCUCUGAUCCCAGAAACUUAUAAAAAGGAUAAAUCUAAGAAGAAUAUCUUCCGUGGUAGAGAUGGUGCCAUUAUCUUGUUUAACGGAUCAAAUCCUAAUCCGGUAUCUAUAUGGACCGUAAUGAAGGCUGAGGGAGGAUCAAUCUCAUUUCUAGAUGCAGAAAAGUCUCAAAUUCGGCUUGGAUAUGUAAAUGGAAGUCAUGAGUAUGUUGUUUUCGAUCCCAGUAGUGAUGAGACAAAUGAGCGUAGCCCUAUUGACUGUGAGGGUCUUGCUGGUCACGAAGAGACGACAGGAGAUGUUGGGUACACGUCGUUGUACGGGCAAUUACCGGAUUAUGAGAAGAAGAGAAUGGAGGAUUCUGAGUCAUUGGUGACACCAUUUGCAUCGUCAGAGAGACCGUGGGAGACAAUAUUCAGCGGCUCUACUCUAAAUUUCCCGCCUCUUGAGAAACUAUGUGCUGAGUUCUUUGAGUCUCUAAUGGAGAAAAGAGCGUCCGUUGUGGAAUGA